AUGCCUGGCCAACUGCGAUCAUUGCUGGGCACCAUUAGGAAGAAGCCAACCAAAGCCAGCGAUGGCCGGUCAGCUGAAGCCUCGAGCGGUAUGAAGAAUAAUGAGAAGACGACUAUGAGCCAUGAUCUCAAGAAUCUCGGCGUUAAAAACGCCAGAUUCGCACUUGAGGCAAUCACUACACUGGCGUCUGGCGAUCCUCUGGACGAUAAGGAUCUUUUGCUAGAGCAUGGCGUCGAAAUGCUGCAGGGGCUGCCGCCCAAUAGCGGACUCAGCGAGAAGGUUUCGGACGGCUUCAUCACAAUGCUAUGGCACGAUCUUCCACACCCCACGCCCACCAUGGCUGGCCCUACGGCACGGUACCGUCGACAUGAUGGUAGUGGGAACAACCCUUGGAAUCCAGAGAUGGGCAAGGCUGGGUCGCCUUACGCGCGUAAUGUGCCGCCAUCCAAGCCAAAAGGGCCAAAUCUUCCCGACGUCGAGGACGUGUACGAAGCAUUGCUGAAGCGCGACGGUCCGUUCCGUCCACAUCCUUCAGGCUUGAACCGUCUCUUUUUCUCGUUUGCAACAAUCGUGAUCCAUGAAUGUUUCCAGACGUCCAGAGAGAACCCUUGGAUAAACGAAACCUCCAGCUACGUGGAUCUGAGCACACUAUACGGCAACACAGGGGAGCACCAAAAACGGGUCCGAACAUACAAGAACGGAUUGAUCUAUCCAGAUUCAAUCGCAUCGGAACGUAUCAUGAUGAUGCCGCCAGGCGUCGUUGCAGUGCUGUUGAUGUUCUCGAGAAAUCACAACCAUGUCGCCGAAUCGUUGUACUCGGUCAACGAAGAUGGCAAGUACAAGCCCUGGGACCAGCUAGACGAGAAGGCAAGGAAAUGGUAA